AUGGAUUUCAUUACUACAUAAUAUAAGCGUUAGCAAAGCUUCGAGGGAUAGUAGUGAGAUAUUGAGGGAAAGCUGACAGCAGGAUGGAACAAAAACAUGUGAAAUUACUGGUCAAAAUCGGCACAUAUAUUUGAAGAAGUCGUCCUGCAUUUCUUCAAGCAAGUCCUUGAAUCUUCUGCCAACAUUAAUAAGAAAGACUGUCUAAGCAAACCCACAAGACAACUCUUCAUUUCUCAAUCAAUCAGCCAAAACCCCAAGAAAUAUAGACAGAAAGCAUCCAAAAUGCGCUGCUUCACUUUUGUCUCAACACUAGGCCUCGUUUUCGCUGCCACCGACGCAGAUAACAAGGUUUAUCGCCGCCAGAUCUCCGGGGUCGAGUUGCUCACGCUUAACGGCAUCCCCGGACUCGGGACGUUCACAGGCGUUGGCAUUCCGGGUGAAUGCCAAAAUCUCCCGAGAAACAUCAACACCUUCACCACGGCCGAAGCGACGCCCGGCUUUGUAUGCCACGUUUACACGGGCGGGGACUGUACUGGUUCUUUUAUAACCGUCCCCGGCCCAUCUCUUCUAUCCCUAGAAACGCCUACUUGGCAAAGCUGGGUGUGCAAUUGCGCUGCUUGUAGCGAUUGAAGGAAAUAUGACUACGGUGUCAUUUUGGAGUAGGCGUUAUUACACAUACUUGUCACUAUAAUUAAAACACCCAGUCUUUCAUAUGAUUCAUGGAGGGUCUAAUUGUUCUCUAUAAAGGAAAGCCUAUAUCUGCUCGACAGACUCCAAUCUCUUGGAAUGCGUGGUGGUACAAGAAUAGUGUACAUAGGUUGCGUAGUCACAGUAUCUAUUUAUUC